AUGCACCUCGUCGCCAAACUACUGUCGUUCCGCGAACAUCGAGCGCUAUGCCAUGUCAAUAAGGCUUUCCGCUCAGUCGCUGAGCCAUUUCUCUACUCGAAGAUCCAAUUCACCUGGCAGAAGAACCCUGAUUACUACGCCACCCCUGAACAACCUCCUCCAAUCAUUGAAUUCCUGCGCACGCUCUUUUCCUGUCCUCAGUUGGUUCGCUACGUCAAGAACCUUCAUCUGGACGGCAACGCUCACGAUAUCCAUGCCUUUCGAUGGAAAUUGCCUAAACUCGAGCGGUGGGUUCAGUCCCUGCGCGAUGGCUCAAUAGAUGCCGUCGUUGCCCUUCUUUUAGCACGCUUACCGAGCCUGAGGGCUCUGUAUCUUGGUCCCUCAUUCACGCGACAAACUGCGCUUAUUGGCAUGGUUCUGCGGUCGGCCAUCUGCGAGGGUACAGAUCGUAGUCUCCCCGACUUUCGACACCUCCAAGAUGUGACUUUGCUCCGACCUCAGAGCCACGACAAGGCGUGCGACAGGAAGGUCAAAAAUACAGCGGAUCUCUUGCCGUUCUUCUAUCUUCACAAUCUUCAGCGCAUGUCAGCGGCCAUACAAACCCCGGAUGCGUGGACAUGGCCCGCUGCCCACUUACCGACCCCAUCCAAUCUUACCUCACUCGAUUUAACUUGCAUAAGAGAGGCGUACUUGGGAGAUGUGCUCGCGGUGACAGAGAACCUUCAAACGCUCCGCUGGGACUGCUACUACGAUGCAGGGGUUCAUGUUGUUCACGACGCAGACAAUUGA